AUGUCUUUGAUCCCACGGACUACCAAUGAGCUAGUCUCUGAGGAUGCCUUCAAAGCUGUCCUUUGGGUGACUGUCGGUCUUUGCAUUGUGACGGGAAGCCUUCGCUUUGGCAUCAGGUUGACCUGUUUCCGAUAUCUAUUCGUUGAAGACUACCUGAUGCUCGCCGGCCUAGCCAUCCUUGUCUCUCUCGCCGCAGUCCUACAGCACUACCUCGCUGAUAUAUACCUCAUCACUCACGUACAGAACCAACUCGUGGUCCCCGGCCCAGACUUCCCGAUCCGCCUUGCUUCUGGGUUGCGAGGUGAUGGUAUCGCACUGGUCCUGAACACUAUCGGGAUCUGGACCAUCAAGCUCAGUUUCCUCUUGUUCUUCAAGAGGCUGGGCCAUCAGAUAAGGCCAUACAUGACCUUCUGGUGGAUAGCUUUCGCGCUGGUUGUGUGUUGUGGGGUCAUACACAUAGGGUUGAUUCCCUUUGACUGCAUAUUCGCAAGCACGACCCAUCUCACUGGCCAAUGCGCACUACGGUCAAGCGUGAGCCACAUAUACAACAAAUACAUAGGGUCUGUUAUUAUUGACGUUUGUACCGAUACGAUCAUUAUCUGCUUCCCGGUCUUCAUUAUAUGGAGAACCAAGAUCAGCCUGCGCCAGAAACUCGUCCUGACGGGCAUAUUUCUACUCGUUGGCUUUACUAUCGGUGUGACUAUCAUUCGCGGUAGCAUUUUUGGCGGCGUUUACAGGGCUGUUGAAGAUGUCGACAGCGUAGUGAUAGACACAUCAUGGGUAUUGUUUUGGCUCCUCAUGGAGUACAUUGUGUCUUUCAUCAUCGCCUGCAUCAUUUCGUUCCGCUCUCUCUGGGUCAACAGUAUGGAGAAAGCAAGAGACCAGAAGAUCGAACUGCAGAAGCGACGGCGUAUCGUCAAAGGCCUACAGAGCCCUACACCUACUGGUAGGGGACUGCACGCCAGAUGGCGCGAGUUCCACGACAGUGUGCUGGAUACGCUGGGGGACUUGGAGGGCACCACCCUCGACCGGAAUGACUUGCUACUCCAGUUUCAGCCUCCUUCGGGAAGGAUGACCGUCGACUUUUCACAGUGGGAUGAUACUACCCAUGGCGGCUCUAGGGAUCACUCUACGAUCUGA